AUGACUGAAGCAGUUGAAGCUCGAUCGUCGACCACCACCACCACGAUGGUCAUUGACGGUAAAAGUGGAGACGUCGGUUCGCAGCCCGCGCGACUGAACAAGAAAACGUUCACGGAGGACCUCCACUCCACCUUCAGCUCUCCUCUGGCCUGGAUCUUGGUGCUGGCUCUCUUCAUCACAUGGUCUUGUGUUUUUGUAAUCAUGUUUGAUCUGACCGACUACAAGACCAUUUCAGGUCGUCCUCCUCCUGCUGUCAGGAAGGUUUUAAAGGACACAGGCCGUAGAGGAGGCCUCAGUAAGAUCGGCUCAGACCCCAUGAAGGCUGUGAACGACGCAAUGGAUGAAUCGACAAACGUGAUAAGUGCGGUGUUCAAAUUUGCUGCAAACCUGAUCGCUCCUGAAGAAGAUGAAGGUACAGUCAUUGUACACAUGGAAAUCUAUACGCAGUGA